AUGCCUCCUGACCUCGCCCGCCACACGCGGCUCGUGUUCCGCACAGCCAGAUCGCGACCCUUCAGCUGCUCCCACCGCACACGUCGACAAGAAGGCCACCGUAAGUCCUCCCGAUUACGCGAUGCACUACGCGCUACGCCCAUAAUAUGGCGACCCAUUCCCAUCGGCCUUGGCAUUGCAUUCCUUGGAGCGUUCCAGUUCUAUCGCACCCGAGAGCGACAAGCACGGAAGGAGGAAGAGGAGAGGAGAGACCAAUUUGACCGUGGAGAAUUAGGCCAGCCCAAGAAGAGACAGCGCAUACGACCGUCAGGACCAUGGACCGUCCAGAUCAUGAGCACCAUCCCUCUGAAGGCGAUAUCGAGAGUGUGGGGCUGGUUCAAUAGCAUUGAUAUACCAUACUACUUUCGCGUGCCCGGAUUUAAAUUGUACGGAUACAUCUUCGGUGUCAACUUUGACGAGAUAAGCGAGCCAGAUCUACAUACCUACCGAAAUCUCUCGGAAUUCUUCUACCGAACUCUCAAGCCGGGCGUCAGACCUCUGGAUCCAGAUCCCAAUGCUCUACUUUCGCCUGCAGACGGAAGAGUCAUACAGUUUGGUGUGAUUGAGGAUGGAGAGGUCGAGCAGGUCAAGGGUGUCACCUAUAGUGUGGAUGCACUUCUCGGCACCGAACCUACAGCUGGAACACCAACCAGCAGCAAUAUUGCUGGCUCCAAAGACUCGCCUCACCCAUCUCCGAAUAGAGGACGAGAGGGAGACGAGGAAACGAUCCGCGCCGAUGAAGAGUUCGCAAGAGUCAAUGGCAUAUCAUACACGCUUCCAAAUCUUUUCUCGGGACAAGCAGCCGGGCAAAGGCGGCGAUCGUGGUGGAAAGUGCGCCCAGAUAAACCGGAUCCAGAGAAUAUGGAUCCAACGAUGCGCGAAGGAGGUGAUGGCGCUUCCGCCCCAGUGAUAACAUCAACAGAUCAGUCCACCAAAUCAGCCAAGUCGUCAGAGAAGGAAGUAUCGGAAGAUCUUGCCAAAUCGCCGAAAGCGCCCCGACCGUGGUACUAUCCUGCCGCUGCGAAUGACGUGCCCACGGCGCUCUACUACUGCGUCAUCUACUUGGCUCCCGGCGACUAUCACAGAUUCCACUCCCCUGUCUCAUGGAUUGUCGAGAGCAGACGCCAUUUCGCUGGUGAACUGUACAGCGUCAGCCCAUAUUUGCAACGCACAUUGCCAGGUCUCUUCACUCUGAACGAGCGCGUAGUAUUACUAGGGAGAUGGAAGUACGGCUUCUUCAGCUAUACUCCUGUCGGAGCAACGAACGUCGGCUCGAUCGUCAUCAACUUCGAUCGAGAAUUGCGGACAAACAGCCUACUCACCGACACACUUGCCGAUAAGGCUGCAGAGGAGGCGGCUGAGCGCGGCGAACCUUACUCUGGAUAUGCCGAGGCGACUUAUACGUCUGCAUCGCCCGUCCUCGGCGGACAUGCUCUGAAGAGAGGAGAAGAGAUGGGCGGUUUCCAGCUUGGAAGCACGAUCGUCAUGGUCUUUGAAGCGCCCAAGGGCAAAAGACCCAGCUUCGACGAAGGCUUCAUGGGCGAUGGCACCGAGCGGAUAGGCGGAUGGAAGUGGACGAUUGAGAAGGGCAAGCAGGUGAGGGUCGGAGAGAAGCUUGGGUUUGUGGAUGGAGUGGAUUCGUAG